AUGAAAUCCGAGACACUUCAACGUAUUCAAAAACUUUCUGAAAAAGAGAAGAAGUGUCCUAACGAAGGACACUUCUCUUAUACACACCGUCGUCAAAAGAGAAAAUAUCCGAUUUCCAUAUGCUUGUCGCUUCUUUUUCAGAAAAGAAAAGGCAUACUAUUUAUCGGUGCCCGGGAUCAAAACAGAAGGUCAAAGGAGCAGAUGAAGUUGGAAGAUGAGAGUUUGAAUCCAGAAGAAACAAGGAGGGGAUGUCUUCUGAAGAUGAUGGAUAGAAGUGGUAGACGAAAAGGAGGAGCAGAUGCCGAUGAGGAUGACCUCGUGAACGGAAAAGGAAGACAAACAGGAGCAGUUCGGGGAAUUGAAGAUUUGCAGAGGAAAGGGAAAAGAGCAGGAGGGAAGUGGAAGAAAACCAACAAGGCACAUGAAGCAUUCGGAUAUACUAAAUCUUGCCUCUGGGCGAUUUCUUUUCUUUUGAUGCAAUGUCAGUCAAAAAAGAAUCGAAAAAAUAACUGA